GUCAAAUCUAGCUUUCGUUUAUGUUGAUACCAAAGGAUAGCCUUUCCAGUAGAAAGAGGAAAAUAGUGGCCCUUGAAAAGGUGGUUUCUCUUCUUUUGAAUACCAUCAAGCGAGUUAAACAUGAAACACUUUUUUCAUCUGAAGAUACUUAUAAUAGGUAUUGCACUGAUAACUUCCUGUGAAAAUCAAGAAUUGCUGACGUUAAGUGAACCAUUUAAUCCCCAUUUCGGAUUCUUCCCGGAGCAUCAGGCGGAUGAUUUAAGUGUGGCACUUACUGAACAUCACCCUCUUUUUCUUUACGCUUCUUCUCAGAAUCAGUUCAGUCAUGAUCAUUUUCAAGCACCUCAGAAUCAAUUCAGAGAACACUUUCAACAUAAAGAGCAACCUACAAUACAUUCUUCGAACAAUAAUGCGAGACCGAGAGAAGCAAGACAGCAGUUCUAUGACUCUUCAUUUUUGAAUGAGCAACGUAACGCGAACAACAACAACAGGCAUUCGAAGACCGAUCAUCCGCCACUAACAUAUGGAUUUGUACCGCGCAUACAGAAGUCAACAGCUGAUAGGCAACAAUCCAAUUCUAAUAUUGCAUACAAUACACCACCCGAACAAAGAAAUAAUAACUUCCGAAAUAACCCAAACAAUGAGAGAAAUCAGCAACAAUCCUUUAGAGUUGAAAAUACUCAAGGACAACAUUUCAGACGAAAUAAACAGUUCUCAGAAAAUGCCCGUGCUAUUUUCAGUCACGACCAGCACGAAUCUGCUAACUUAGCAUCGAUAAAAAUCCAGAACGACCAUUCAAAAAUUUCCGGUGCUAAUCCAACCGCCCAGAAUUUUGCCUCAAAUGCUUUCAACCCACAGUUCUCCACAAGUGGAAAACAGCAUGAACUUAGGAAUCAUAAUCUGAAUACGGAAAAUGUUGAAGAAAGCGUGAGGCAACAUACAAUCUACGCCAAUAAUGGAGCCACCGAAAAGAAUAAUAAAGACCACAACAGAGAAAAAAAUCCAGUUUUCCGACCAAACUUCAUUACCAGAUCACAAGUGGACAGAAAUGUAAGAAAUAGAAAUCAAAAUGAGAAUCUGAACUCGUACAAUAACGCUCGAAGAAUUCCCGACCAUAAUAAGCCACAGUUACCAUCGAGAAAAUCACUGCACAACAAUGGCAUCAGAACAGAGAUUCCAGAAGUAAUUCCAGUUUUACACCUCGGUAGUAGCAACAGCAAUACUGCUGGCAACAGCCCUCCUGUUUACAUACGAAACACAGAUGCACCCGAAAGCACUGCUCCGAAUGAUCCUGAAAAGAAAACGUACCUUGUAUUCAAAGCUCCAACGCAAGUGACUACAGAACAACCUCCGUCAUCAUCGAAUAGCAUCAGUGAUCUGGGAAACUUCUUAACAAAUAUUCACACUCCUGAAAUUAAUUACACCACACAGCUUCCUACCCUGCCAGUGUUCCCUCCUCAAAAUGUCGGCAAUGAAGCAAUAAUAUUGGAUUUAGUCCAAAUACCAGACGAGGAAGCUUACACUAAAAAUAAUGACCCAGUUUCUGAAGGUUCUGCAAGUACUGAUCAUCGAAUAUCUGUAAAUAAAGCUCGAAAUAGCCUUGAAGAUAUUUCAGACUUUAAGAACAAUGCUGGCACUACAUCAGCGGAUAUCAAUGACGAUGAGUUUUAUCAUCAUGAUGAACAAUAUACAAAAGCAACAGAAGAUUACCACCAGCUGAACACACAGAGCGUACUGGAUCGUGUAUUCCCAGAGUACAAAAAAGCGUCAAAUGUUUCCUUUCUUCCAAUAUCCUAUUCUUCUUCUAUAUCCGUUGCAGUGGAUCAGGGUACUAAUAAGAAGCCACAAGCAUUAAAGAGUUCAAAGUUAACGUUAAAGAAAGCUUUAUCUCAGAGAAAAAAGCCCAAGCUUCCCGAGAAUCAUGAUUACAUUUACUCAGAUCCAUAUGGACAGCAAAAUAUUCCAGGCAAACCAGGAGCAGAUUAUCCAACUUAUGGUGAAAUUCCAUUCACGAAUUUCGAUUGCAGAACAUUCAAAGCUCCAGGAUUUUAUGCAGACUUAGAAGCUGGAUGUCAAGUCUUUCACAAUUGUGACAUGGAUAUGACAAAACAUAGUUUCAUGUGUCCUAAUGGUACAAUAUUUCAUCAAGAACUACACAUCUGCGAUUGGUGGUAUAAUGUACGAUGCGAUGACUCGCCUGAAUACUUCAGUCUUAACUCUGGCUUAUUUACGAUUGAUCAGCAUCACAAAGACUCUCCGAAGCAGUUCUAAACUCGUCAAAACUUAAAGAUUAGUGACUUAAAUACACUCAGCGAUAUCAACACUCCUUGAGCGAAAAGUGUUUAAAAUGCUUAAAGUGCUUGGAAACUUAUUUUUAAUGAGAAAAUUAUACCAGAUUUCAUCAGUUCAGAAAUUUUAGAUAAUGUAUAUUUGAGCAAACUUUAUGUCUCCACUAAUUUUAGUAUUUUGUUUUAUUUGAGAACUGAUAUUUAGUUUUAAUUAAGUAUGAUAGUUAAAAAAAUGUUAUUUUAAACCAUACCGCUUUAGAGAACUAAAACUUUAAUGAAGAAUUAAGCCCCAUACGAAUAGAGACUUAAUGUUCAUUGCUUAGAAAAAUGCAGAGAAUUUACUAAAAUUGCAUGGUAUUCUAACAACAUUUGCUGCUUUAAUUCAGAAAUAAUUCCCUGAAAACUUGGCCAAGAAUGGAUAUUUUUCAUAUUUGAAUAGACUAGUAAUAAAAUUUAGUUUUAUGCAGCCAAAAAUAGCAAUAAAAAAAGGAGAACAUUUUCCUCUAAUUCUCAACUAAAAAGUAUCACCGGCUUUAUAUCGGAUAAUGUUUCUCAAAGUUUUACAAUUAAUUCUCUUAUGAUUUUUCUAUACAAAAUGGUAGUCAACUGUUAGCUGUAAGAGUCAAAUUAUCUAAAAUAAUUAUUCGAAAAAAUUUCUUAAAUUUACAGGUGAUAAUAAGAUGCAUUAUGAAAUAUACAGUAAUCGGUUUUAUUACUUUAAAAGUUUAAUGUUACGUAAGUAUGAAACUUAUAUAAAAGGUACUUAUAUAAGAGGAAAUUCUAUUUGGAAAUAAAAUAUACACAAACAAUUAUAAUCCCACUGUUUUUUCUGACAAAUAAAUUUCGAAAUUAUGUUUCUUGAAAGGUGCCAUAACUUAAAAUUAAGUAGUAAAAUCAAUAAAAAAAAAACCAUCUCUUUUCUUUAAAAGAAAAAUUUACAAUUGCUAAUGAUUAUUCUUUCGGAUGUAAUAAUAAGUAACUAUAUAUUGUAUUUAUGCUUGUAAUAUGUUUGUUAACAACUUAGUGAUUGGCUGGCCAAUCACUAGGUUCUCUUUUGUAAAUAUGUGUAAUGAAUUUAUAUUCAAUAAAGAACUUUCACUCCUGCA